GCAGUGGAGCCGAGGGAGCUACCCUAGAGGCCCGACGAUCAGUCAUCAAAGCACUGAGGCGAAAGGGAGCGUUUGCACAAGCAUCCCUUGCUUAGGUGCCGUCCAGGGAGAAACAGAAAAGGCGAUCUAGCUGGGGUUGCCUUCUCUGCAAACAUAAAAUGCCCAGGCUCAUCCUCCACCUCUUCCUCUUCCUCUUGAGACCGGUUCUAGGCGACCUCCGAUCGUAGUUACUGACCACACACACCCCAGAGCUGGCUGCAUUUCGGGGACUGGAUUGUCUGCGUGCUCAGAAUGAACGGAGGUGGGGCAGAGCUGUGAAGAGGGCAGGAUGGACCUCGAUGUGCUAAACAUGUUUGUAAUAGCAGGAGGCACCCUGGCCAUCCCCAUUCUGGCAUUUGUAGCAUCCUUCCUCCUGUGGCCUUCCGCGCUCAUCAAAAUAUAUUACUGGUAUUGGCGUCGAACGCUGGGCAUGCAAGUUAAAUAUGCAAACUAUGACGACUACCAGUUUUGCUAUUCCUACCGAGGAAGAUCUGGACACAGGCCCUCCAUACUCAUGUUGCAUGGAUUCUCAGCCCAUAAAGAUAUGUGGCUCGCGGUAGUCAAGUUCCUUCCAAAGAAUCUGCACUUGGUUUGCGUUGACAUGCCUGGUCAUGAGGGCACUACUCGGUCAUCCCUAGAUGACUACUCAAUCUACGGGCAAGUGAAAAGAAUACACCAGUUUGUCGAAAGCAUCAAUCUGAAUAGAAAGCCUUUUCAUCUAGUCGGGACUUCAAUGGGUGGAAAUGUUGCCGGUGUUUAUGCUGCCGCGUACCCAACAGAGAUCUGCAGCUUAAGUCUUGUAUGCCCUGCAGGGCUGCCGAAUGUCACCGAAAGCAAAUUUGUUAAGCAACUGCGGGAACUGAAGGAGUCUCAGAGCAUUGACAGGAUUCCGUUAAUUCCGUCCACCCCUGAGGAAAUGGCAGACAUGUUAAAGCUCUGCUCUUACGUUCGCUUCAAAGUGCCCCAGCAGAUUCUUCAGGGCCUCGUUGAUGUUCGCAUCCCACAUAAUGACUUUUACCGAAAAUUAUUUUUAGAGAUUGUAGAUGAAAAAUCAAGGAACUCUCUCUAUGAGAACAUGAGCAAGAUCAAAGCCACAACACAGAUCAUCUGGGGAAAGCAAGAUCAGGUACUGGAUGUUUCAGGAGCAGACAUUUUAGCAAAGUCCAUUCCUGACUGUCAAGUACACAUCCUGGAAAACUGUGGACACACUGUAGUCGUAGAACGGCCCAGAAAAACAGCGAAGCUCCUCCUGGAGUUUUUAGCUACGGUGCAGAAUGCAGAGAACAAUAAGAAACUGGCUUGAACUUCUCACUUAAGCUAGAUGUUUCAAUUGUGAUGAAAUACUGGUAAUUUAAUCAGUUCUCAGGGAUCUUGUACAGAACUUGGUGAUGGUGCCAAAAUCCCUGAAGAAACGAGAAUAAUUGAUAUAUAUAAUUUUGUAGGCCUGUCAGUGCAGUGACUUAUGGGAUACUGAGCAAUUUUGGGGUGUGUUGUUGAUCAAGUCCAAUAAAGUUUGCAUUAUCCAGAUAUUUGGGGAGUAGUAAAAGACUCAUCAGAUCUAGAACUCUACUGAUUUUUUUCCCCUUUUAGGCACUACCCCAUCUAUUUUUGAUAAUAUCUUCACAAAUCUUUAAUUGUGCAUCCAAUUUUCUGGACACUGUGCAUGGUAGUUAGAUAAAGUCAGAAGAGUACAAACUUCCCUUAUCUUGCCAAUGUGCCCAUUUCCAGUUUUUCUUUGUUAUAAAUGUAAUUGUGAGAGGAAAAAGUUGGGACAGAUCUUUUGGAGUCUUUCUGACUUGAAUUACAGGAAAAUGUGCACACUACCUAUCCAUUGGGCUUUACCUAUAGCAUACAUAUAGCAUAUACUUAUUUAUAUAAUAUAUAAACUAGAAUAUGAUCUGAAAUUAGAAUACUUAUAUCAUGGAAUGUACUGGCCACUCCUAAGUUUAUGCAGCUAUGUUAUGUGAUCUAGCAUAAUAUCCGGCUAAUUGGAAUGUAGAUGUCAAUGACAUUCAUUUUAAAGUAUGUAGGGAACAUGGUAAGAAGCAAAACUUCAUAGACUGAGAGCGAAGGUACAUUCCUGCCUCUUAGUGUAUAUGGCUUUGCAUGAUAUGCAGUUGUUACAAAAAGAUUCUGAUGAUCCAGAUGUUUGCUAAAGUGCUGUUUAUGUAGCUCAUUAGUUUAUGAUUUCAGCAGAGAAAGAAGGCAACACAAAUCUUUAAUGGUAGGAAUGUCUCACAGUCAGUGAAACUCCACAAUGUUUACACUAACUGAUUAUAGAUGAGUUUUUGUAUCCCUCCAUGGCUCUUUUUGUUAUGUAUGUACUGCCUUAAUAGUCAGUAACGCUGAAAUACUGGUAUCAUCUGACCUGACUUAUUGCAAAAUGUUCAAUGGUUGUCCUACUCAAGCAACGUUGGUUUAGGGUUUCAAGCUUAAGAAGCAAUUUACUGACUGUAACACACAUACAGAUUGAGUUCUCCUGAAAUCAUUGGGACUACACCUCACCUAAGUGAUUAGCAAAUUAUUCCCUGUGAAAAGCAAACCUUCUGUACAGUUGUGAAAAGCCAUCCUUCUGUACAGUUGUAAACCAAGUGGAGCCAUUCUUUUCCAUUGGGAUCUGAUCCAAGCAAUAAUACUGUAUAUAGAUAGGUGCACAAGUGAUCAAAUUCAGGUUAGAGUUGAGGUGAGCUGUUUUCUCAGCUCUUUUCUUAAUGAUAUGUUCUGCUGAGUAUUUUGAUGUAAAUAAUUGAGUUUCUUAAUGAAUUCUGUGAAUUCUGUGAAUGGUAAUGUCUUGGGUGGGGUUGGGAUAAAUUGUGUAACAAUAAAAUAUAAUUAGGGUACUUUAAAGGCUUGUCUGCUUACCAAACUUACAAUGUGAAUUAUUUAUCAGAGUUUAUAUAAGCUGCAACACAAUGCAUUUUUCAAGUUGAUUGAUAUAGAGCAUAGCAGGGGAAAUAGUAUUUCUUUUUUCUGAUUAUUUGUACUCAUUUCCUAUAGCAACUCCUAGUUGAAUGAAAUUUCUCUAUCAAAAUCAGAAAGCCAUACUUGUUGCAUCUUAACUGUGACUUUCCUUUUCCUUUCUUUUAAUGUGUGGAGAAGGAUCUCUUCUGAAAAUUCCUCACACCCAGAAAUAUGCAGCAAAAGUUGUUGCUAAUUGUAGUAAUCAUAUACAAUAGUAUGGGUAUUUAGGCAUCACACACACACACUUCAGAAUAGCCCUAAGAAGUCAGUGGAUCCCUCCCAGAAUACACAGAUUACAGAUUGCAGCCACAAAGGAAUUUUGAGUAUUUAAAUGAGUACUUUGGUCCCUAUUAGUCCUUCUGCUUUUAUAGGGAGCCACUGAGUACAUGCAGAAAGUGCCAUUGUACAGCUUCUACAUUUCUGUCCCAAUUACAGGUCCUGGCUGUAUAAGGUUUGAUAUUGUCUAACAUGUAAGGACACUACUGUGUGUUCAAAUUUGCAUUUAUGUCUGCGGAUUAACCAUCUUGCAGCUCAUUUUAAAGUGUAAAGCAUACAAGCACUGAUAAUUUAAAGUCAUUGCUGCUUUAUCUUUUGUUCAAAUGGGAGAAGGAAAGAUUGUUUUUUAUUUGAGAAGAUUCAGAAAUGUGCUUAAUUGCUUGAUCAUUGAGUUUAUUACAGGUGUAGAUACAAAUGCAGAGACUAAUUCCUAAUGCAUAUGAGACUAGUAGAGAUUGAGGAGAUUUUUUUUAAAAAAUGGUUUCCAGAAUCCUUUGGGUUGUUGUAUGCAAAAGGUCUUAAUUAAAAAUCAGAUUGGAAGAAA